UCCGAAUUGAUAGGAUAUUAAGAAAUUCAGUGAGCUCUCUAGACUUAGGUUUCUUCAACUUUCUUUUACUCUCAGCUUGAGUGACUACAAAAUGGAAGAUAGGAUCUAUAGAGGUCAUGUUCUUGUAGUUCCUUAUCCAAGCCAAGGUCACAUAAACCCAACUCUUCAAUUUGCUAAACGUUUGGCCUCCAAGGGGCUCAAAACCACUUAUGCCAUAACCAAUUUCAUCUCCAAGACCAUGAAGCCUCAGCCCUCCGGCUCUGUGCAAUUUGAAACAAUUUCCGAUGGCUUCGAUGAAGGCGGCUUCGCAAAAGCUGAGAGUAUCCAUGAUUAUCUCCGAAAGAUGGAAGCUGCGGGCUCGAAAACUCUAGCUGAGCUCAUUACAAAGUAUGAGCAAUCCUCGAACCCUAUUGAUUGUAUCGUUUAUGACCCUUUUUUGCCUUGGGCUUUCGAGGUCGCCAAGCAGUUUGAAUUGCUUGGAGCUGCGUUUUUCACACAAACGUGUGCGGUUAACUAUAUUUAUUAUCUUGUUCAUAAUGGGCUGUUGAAGCUUCCGAUUUCUUCGACGCCGGUUUCCAUCCCUGGAUUGCCGUUGCUUGAGCUUCCGGAUAUGCCGUCGUUCAUUUAUGUUGCAGGUCAAUAUCCAGCUUACUUUGAGAUGGUGUUGAACCAGUUCUCCAACACAGAUAGAGUUGACUUCAUUCUUGUCAAUACCUUCUACAAGUUAGAAGAUGAGGUUGUGGAUUCAAUGCAUAAAAUUUGUCCACUGCUAACAAUCGGUCCAACAAUUCCAUCUUUCUACUUGGACAAUCGCGUCGAAAAUGACAAAGAUUAUGAUCUCAAUCUCUUCAAACUAGACAAAUCCAUAUGCAUCGACUGGCUAAACGCAAAGCCAACAGGAUCCGUCGUUUAUGUGUCAUUCGGCAGCAUGGCUAAUUUAAGCAACAAGCAAAUGGAGGAGCUCGCAUGGGGCUUGAAGAACAUCAAUUUCCAUUUCUUGUGGGUGCUUAGAGACUCCGAGGACACGAAACUCCCACAAGGGUACAUUGAAGAGACGGCCAACAAGGGUUUGAUUGUGAAAUGGAGCCCUCAAUUGGAAGUGCUUUCAAAUAAAGCUUUGGGUUGUUUUCUCUCCCACGGUGGAUGGAAUUCAACUGUCGAGGCGCUGAGCAUGGCGGUGCCGAUGGUGGUAAUGCCGCAAUGGACUGAUCAGCCGACGGAUGCUAAAUUUGUUCAGGAUGUUUGGAAGGUGGGAAUUAGGGUUAGGGUUGAAGAGAAUGGGAUUGUGACAAGAGAAGAGAUUGAGAAAUGUGUACGGGAAGUAAUGGAGGGGGAGAGGGCAAGAGAAAUGAAAAUGAAUGCUGAGAAAUGGAGGAAGUUGGCCAUAGAGGCAGUGAGUGAAGGAGGCACUUCAGAUAAAAAUAUUGAUGAAUUUGUGUCCAAGCUGAGGAAGAGUAGUCAGUAGUUCAUGAAAAAAUCUAGAAUGCAACGGUGAUAUAUCAUGCACACCAUCCGCAAGUGAAUUUACACUAUCUCUGAAUUUUUAUUUCUGUCAUUCUUCACCUUUAAAAUUAAUUGUAAUUGAUUACUCGAUGUGCAUGUACUGUCUUGUAGUACCGCUUCAAUAAUACUAAUGUGAUACUAUAAACUUGUUCUAGAUUAAGUCUUUUAAUCUUCUAAAUUUUUGGAUUGUUUGAAUAAUUAAUUGUGUGCAAUGCAGCAUGUUAUUGUUCAUUGAAUUUCA